ACCCCCAGCCUUGGCUCUGCGGUGGAUGUGAGCGGGGAGAGGGCCCGUGCGCCCCUGCGGGCUCCGCGCUCGGCACGGCAGCGCUGCGGCGGAUGCCGCCCGCCUCCGAGGAGUUCCCUGAGGCGGUGCUGCCGCUGGCUGCCCGCUGUGCACCGGGGCAGAUCGCGCCUGCCCGCCCCGGCUGGCCAAACGCCUCCUGAGCCGAGGUGAGCUCUGCAGUGAGCCGGGGACCUCAUCCAGAGCUGGGGAGAAGGGGCAGUGUGGCAGUAAACAUGGGCUCUGUCUCCUGCACACAGAUGCAGAGGAGCCGGUAAAGAAACUACCACAUCGGUCGGUAUUCCAGCAGAGGCAGAGCUGCGGUACCCGCGCUCCUCUGCAGUUUGCAGAUAAGGACGAGGCAGCCUGUUAGAGGGAAGAGGUCUCUGCUGUAGAUGGUGCGCUGAGUCAUUUUCACGAGAGGCUGCUGUUCCACUCUGAAGUAAAAAUACAUUUAAGAAUUGAAGGUGUGAGAGUUCACCAGCAUUCUCCUGGCUAGAAAGCUACUCCUCAAGUGAAUGUAUUGAAGAUUUCUAGACUUGGUUGGACAAAUACGUCUACCUCCAGUUUUAUGAAUACUGCUCGCUAUGGCUGUGGAACUCUGUCUGCUGCUGCUGUUGUUCUGUGGAAGUACAAUUUCAGAGGUACAGCCUAUAUACAAACCACCACCUGGAACUUUGGAUUUUGGAUUUGUACCGGCCAAGACCUAUGAUACAGGUGCAUACCACGAACCUGGGGCAAUAGGAAUUUUGUUUAAAAUAGUACAUGCAUUCCUGUACUUAGUGCAGCCAAAUACUUUUCCUCAAGAUCUCAUCAGAAAACUAGCGCAGCAGCAGUUUGGAAAUACACAAGGCGAUUAUCAAAAGCCAGAAAAUGUUGUCCUGACUCUUCAGGCCAUCUACUAUGAAAUCGGUUUUAUAGUCUCCGCAGCCUUGGGAUUGCUAUUUAUUUUGUUACUGCCUCUUGUGGGACUUUGCUUCUGUAUGUGUCGUUGCUGUGACAACUGUGGUGGGGAAAUGCAUCAAAGACAGAAGAAAAAUGCUGACUGUCAGAGGAGCUGUUUUGCAACAUUUCUUUUUGUUGCUUCUUUAAUAAUAAGUGUUGGAGUGCUCUGUGCAUAUGCUGCCAACCAGCAUUUAACAAACCAAGUCCGAGGAGCAAAGAAACUGGUUAACAGUAAUUUUAAAGAUCUGAAAAUUUUCCUUAACGACACUCCAGCGCAAAUUGACUACUUGGUGAACCAGUACAACACAACUAAGGAUAAAGCACUGUCUGACCUAAAUAAUGUUGGACCUGUGCUUGGAACCAGAGUUCAAGAACAGCUGGGUAAACAAGUACGUCCUGCACUUGAUGCAGCCCUGACAAUGGCAGGAGUCAAAGUGGAAAGGGCUAUCAAAGCUAUCAGAGAAACGAAGGAAGCACUGGAAAAUGUGAGUGUCUCUGUAGAGGUUUUGCAGGAGGGAACAGAGAGACUUCAUGCAAACUUGACAGAUGUUAAAAUGCACCUAAGCAACACCCUCAAUGACUCUGCAUGCAGUGCGGCUCAGGCUGCCUCAACUUGCAACAUCAUCAGGAAUUCAUUAGCUCAACUGAACAUCAAUGCCAAUUUUAGUGGGUUGCCAGGUGUGAGCUUGCAGCUUGCAAAGAUCAAUGAUGUCCUUAAAAUAGACCUUUCUAGUCUGGUUCAAAAGGGUUAUGCAGCAUUUAAUGAUACUCCAGACUUGGUAGUGAAUCAAACCAGGAACAUUUUAUCAGCUGUUCCUUACAUCAAAAGUGUGUUGGAAUCCAUUGGUUCAAAUAUUACUACCUUCACAAGAGCACUCCCUGUUCAGAAGAUUUUGGCAGAUUUGAUGGUGCAUCUUACACAGAGUGAGGCAUAUGUUCAAGACUAUUUUCCACUAGUGGAGCAGUAUGAUUUCUAUAGGUGGCUUGGUUGUCUCAUUCUGUGCUGCAUGUUGGUCCUGAUUCUGGUCUUUUACUACCUUGGAUUGCUAUGUGGCACCUGUGGAUAUGAUAAACAUGCUUCUCCAACAACCAGAGGCUGUAUCUCCAACACUGGAGGAAACUUUCUUAUGGCUGGUGUUGGAUUCAGUUUUCUUUUCUCCUGGGUGCUGAUGAUUGUAGUGGUGCUCACUUUUGUCACAGGUGGAAAUGUAGAAAAAUUGGUCUGUGAGCCCUUUGAAGAUAAAAAUUUAUUCAAGGUUUUGGAUACACCUUACUUACUAAAUAAGCACUGGAAAAACUAUCUUGCUGGCAUCAUCUUUAAAAAUCCAAAUGUUAACUUGACUUUUGAAAAAGUGUACAGUGACUGCAAGGAAAACAAAGGAAUUUAUACUUCCCUUCACCUAGAACAUCUGUUUAAUAUCAAUGAGCUUUUAAAUAUUAGUAUGUAUACAGAAGAUGUAGCACUUAAAAUUGAACACAUUCAGAUAAACCUCAGCAAAAUCAUUCUGCUGGAUGAAAUUGGGAAGGAGAAUCUUCUGAAUUUCAGCUCUUCAGGAAUAGAUGGGAUAGACUUUUCAGCAUAUUUGACAGAGAUCAAUAAAAGUGUUACCAAGGUUGAUCUUCUCUCAUUUGCUAAUGAUUUAGAAGCAAGAGCAGACCAGCUGCCAAAAGGAGCCCUGGAAAACGCCUUAAAAGGACAUGCAAACAACAUUCGAAUGAUUCAUAACCAGCAAGUUGUUCCACUGGAGCAAGCUAUGACUGUCAAGAAAUAUGUUAAAGCUAGGAGCACUUUAAAUCAGAGCAUUAGGUUACUGAAGAGGACAUCAUCUGAGCUUAUGGUUAAGGUGAAAAAUGUCAUUAGUGCUGUUAAUGCUGCCCAGGAUCUCAUAAAUAACAAUGCUUCUCAAGUUAUUGUCCAGGAGACAAAAAAGUACAUGGAUACCAUAAUUGGCUACUUUGAGCAGUACACUGAGUGGGUCAAGGAGUCGAUUUCAAUGGAAGUAGCAGCAUGCAAGCCUAUUGCCAAUGUGAUAGAUACAGCAGUAGAUAUUUUUUUAUGCAGCUAUAUAGCUGAUUCUGUGAAUACCUUCUGGUUUGGUUUGGGAGGCUCUUCAAUGUUUCUAAUUCCUGCCAUAAUUUUUGCUGUGAAACUCUCUAAAUACUAUCGUAGGAUGGACACAGAGGAUGUUUAUGAUGAUUCCUCUGUCUCAGGGACUUGGCAUUUUACUUUAUGAUAACUAUUCUUACGUAUUUUCCUAUCAGUUUUUUUACUGUUUUCUUUUCUGCUCCUUGUUUUGCUCAUUGUUCAGUUGGCCUGUGCACUGCGUUUCUCCCAUUUCACAGUGGUUGUUUUUCAUUGCACAUUCACAAGUCAGUAGAGCAGAAACAGGCAUGUACAGCUCUAAUUACACACUUAUUAGAGUCUAGUUAAUUACUCCUCCUUUUCUGUGUUUUUUAGUUUCAAAAAUAUACCCAUGAAAACGUAAGACUUUUGCUGAUAUUUAUUGAAAUUAUUUUAUUAAUAUCAGAGGGUUUAUAUUUUUAAUGUAACUUGUUACUUCAAAAGAGGUAACAUGUUCUGUUUCUCCAGACUUGAGAGAUUAUAUUAGAGUCUCCAACUCAACAAGAAUAGAAAAAUAAUUAAUUGAUUUUUGGAGAAUAAAAAAAUACUAUAAAAUGUAAAGUUAUAAUUAUACCAUAACUCUUGAAUGUUACAAAGAGAAAGUUAUAUUCUAUUGUACAGACACAGUUUAUCUUUGCAUAUAAUACCAUCAUCCAUGUACAUGUCUUAGAAGCCAUAUUGUACAUAGUGCAUCUUGUAGUUAACAUGGUCUUUCUUGGUGUAUUUAUUUUAUUACAGUACGGAAAAUGGUAAUAAUGGUUAUCAUAAAGAGCAUUUAUAUGGUAUACACAAUCCUGUUUUUACAAGCUCUGUGGAACAGUGGUAACACAUAUUGGAAAUGUUGAGGGGCUAUAUAAAUGAGGCUCAAGACUCUUCUAUGGGAGUACAUCAUUGUUCUUCCAAGCGUGUUGGCAUUUCCAUUCACCUGACAGAUCCUGAGCCACUUGUUUUUUGUCAGCUGUACUGUAAAUCCCAAAUGUACUAUUGAAUGUUAUGCCAUAAACUACUGUACAGAAUAUUUUGUGAUCAAGGCACUGCCUCUCAAAUACCACUGUUCAAGGCUUGGAUUAAAAUGUUUUUUUGGUUUUUUACUUUUUUACACUGGGCUUUGUACCUUACAUCACAGUAUAUAAAUUAAUUAGAUUAACAGCCUUUGCCUAGCAAUUCUCUUAAAAUUGUUCAAGUUCUUAUCUUAAAUUGUUGAUUUGUGUUAAAUACAGUACAUACACGUUUACAUAAAAAUACAUUUUGUAUACCAGAGACUUUUGUAUAUACAUUUUUCUUAAAACUUCUAGGUGUUUAGUUAAGAUUUUAAUAUUGUAUAAUACUCUUCACAAAUGAAUUUACCAGCAUGAUCAGUGUUGAUAUUUGGUGCUCUUGAAUGACUACAUUGGACUAAAUCUGGAUUGUAAUGGGGUCCACAGUGUCUCUUUGUGUGUCUGAGAAGUUCAGUUGCAGUUUUGUUUUCUCCCUCUUUUUUUUUUUUUUUUUUUUCUUUUCUUGAUUAUUUAAUAUUUAGUGGGUUUUGCUGUAUAGACCUGAAAGGGACUUUUUGGAGAAGUUUGUUUUUAAACUUUUGGUGGGAGGGUUGGGGGGGUGCGGGAUGCAUAAUAUAGUGAAAAAGCUAAGCUUUCUAGAGUUCAGUAGUACUCAAAAAAAGCAUGAGGGAUGUCCUAUGUUGGCAAUUUUUGGAAUGCUUUACAUUCUCUGUCUUCCUUUUCUUCUUUCACACCCACUUCUGUAAUGUCCUUAAUAGUAUCACUGUGGCUCCUUUGGAGGCAGUGGUAGUAAUUUUGCUAAAUAAUACUAUACUGUGAUUUACAACAUUGAAAUUCAAAUCUGUUCAGCAAUUGGAGUUAACAUUUGUACUGUUAAGAGUUAUUUCACCAAAUUUAGGCAUAUGGUUGAAUUGCUGAAUUAGUUAACAGUAGACUUUAUCAACAAGGCCAAAACUCUGUUGCCAGUGUAAAACCUUCUGGCAGGUGAAGUAGUCAAUAUAUUGACCUAAAAUAGUAUCUCUUCAUCUAUCAGUAUUGUUAACUUUGUUUUAAACAGGGUUCAUCGUCUUGAAGUAGAAAUAAUCCUGUACAUCAUUAUUAUAAUUUUAAAGAAAUGCUGAAAAAUGAUACCAGUCUUUAAUCCGGAAUAACCUUAAAUUUUUCAUUUUUAUCUCAUAAAUGGAAACAUUUCUAAUUGACUGUAUGUAGCAUAUGUGUAUAUGUAUUGUUCAGAAUUGCAGAUUUUUAAAAGUUUCUAUUUUUAAUUUGAGAAAAUAUUCCCAGUUCAUUUAAAUAAAAAAGAUCUUGCUUAACUACCUUA